AUGUGCAAACGAUACAAGCGUGGAGUUUUUGUCAUACUAUUGCAAACACGGUAUUAUAAAACUGGCCAUGAGAUUACAAUUAAGUGCGGCUACUGUCAAGGACCUUUUUUGGCCGAAAUUCAAGUUGAAGAAAACUUGAGUCUGGUGAAGGUGCAUGUUUGGCUUACGAUAAAGCCAAAAAUGUGCGUAUUGCCAAUGCUUUUACAAGAUGAUCCAAGUGCGAGCACGUCCAGCAAAAGCCAAAGUUCAACCGGAGGCGAUGGUACGACUGCCAACAGAUCCAAAUUAGUUCGUAAUGAGAAAAGUCGAAGAUCAACUGUUCCGCACCAAUAG